ACAAAUCUACGCUGGGACAACGUGCCCCAUAGUGCGGACACAACUUUCUUCUCGUCCUGGGGAAGUGUGAGAUGGGAAGGAUGUACACGCAGAGCAAACGCAAACCAAGGGAAAUGUUUGCCCCGUCUAAGAAUUCUGCCCUGGACUGACAGCCGCGGAUGUGCUAAACUUAAGUUUAUUAGGGUAUUAAAUCGUGGAAUUGCAGGCUGGAAACUCCGAACAAAAGCAUCGCAUCGCUGGAUUCAUCAAGUCAUGGAUAUUGUCGGCCUUUGAAGGGCUAUUUGGAGUGAAGGAUUUCCAUCAGAGAAGUAUUUGAAUCUCAUCGGCUUUUGAAUGUGGAAGGAGAAAGGUUUGUCUAUUUUAUCUGAAAGAAAGACUGAUGUUUGAAACCUAACUGGAAAGACACAGACACAGACUCACACAGGCACACCAUUGAGAGAGUGUGUUCCAGUGAACUGACUAAGGAAAGAGUUUUAACGAGUUACGCAGACUGGGAAGAGAAAUCACACUGUUCACAGCAAGAACAAGCUGUAUGUGUUUUCAUUGUGUACCAGUCUUCAGCCAUUCUUCCAACCUGUGGAUUCACAAGGACAGCCGUACCAUGGAGAAACCGUUGGAACGUGAGGAUUGUGGGAAGGGAUUCCGAUCCCCGUCUGCUCUGAAGGUUCAUCGACACAACCAUACUGGUGAGAAACCGUUCACCUGCUCAGUGUGUGCAAAGGGAUUCACUUCCUCAUUCAAACUUCUCUCACAUCAGCAAGUUCACUCUGACGAGAGACCUUUCAAAUGCACGGACUGCGGGAAGAAGUUUAAAAGUUCAAGGUUACUGGCAUCCCACAAAGCCGUUCACACCAGCGAGAGACCAUUCAGCUGCUCUCACUGUGGGAUUCGGUUCAAGCAGUCAUCUCACCUGUACAGACAUCGGCGGGUUCACACUGGGGAGAGGCCGUUUGCCUGCAGCAAGUGUGGGAUGACAUUCAUUCGAUCGUCUCACCUGCUCAAACACCAGCAAGUCCACACAAAGGAGAGACCUUUUACGUUCUCAAGUUGCGAGAAGAGCUUUAAAAGCAGCAACGGUCUUCAGCUCCAUCAGCUCAUUCACCUCGAGAAGAGACCGUUCAGUUGCUUGGUGUGUGGGAAGGGAUUUAUUCAGUCGACCCAUCUGCUGACACACCAGAGGGUUCACAGUGAAGAGAGACCUUUCAAAUGCCAGGACUGUGGGAAGUGCUACAAAAGGUCCGGGGACCUGAUGUGCCACCAACGUGUUCACACCGAGGACAAACCGUUCAGGUGUUCUCACUGUGGGACUGGGUUCAAGAGGUCGGGUCACCUGCUGAGACACCAGCGACUUCACACUGGGGAAUGACCACUCAGCUGCUCCGAGUGUGGGAGCAGCUUUUCCAGCGCUUCCUCCCCGCAGUCACACCGGAGUGUUCACAAUGUUGUGAGACACUUUGAAUGUUUUCAGUGUGAGAAGAGCUUUAGAAGCAAACAGACUUUCCUGAGACACCAGCAAGCUCCUGUCGACGGGAAACCCUUUAAAUGCCUGGACUGCAGGAAAUGUUUUAAAAUGUCCGGGGACCUGAUAUCCCAUCAACGUUUUCACACCAAGAAGAAACUAUUGAAAUGUUCUCACUGUGAGACUGGUUUCGAACUGGCCUAGUGAGACACCAGCGAGUUCACAGUCUGUGGGGAAUGGAUCAGAGGGCAUCGCCACUUUUAAUCACAUCCAGGAGCGAAUGUGUGGGUUAGUUCUGAAGUGUGUAUGGAAUGUGUCCCAAACACUCUCCCAUGGUUCACGCUGGUCACUGAUAUCCCACCGUGCUGGUCUGCAGCAGGGCAGGAACAAAGAUGUGACGCUGCCACAGGGACGUGUGAAUUUCACUCAGUGUAAUCCCACUGCUCAAGCUUUAACCCCCCAAGCCUAGGGAAUGCCUGGACCAUUACCUCCAUCUCGUGACAUACUGCCCUGUUCCCUGCUUGCUGAGUCUGUCCCCAUACUGGUACAGGUAGAACAGUGUUUAAUCUCUAUCUCUGCUGGAACCACACAGGACACACCUGGUAAAAGUAACAGGGAAGAUUUGGGCUGGAAAUUGGGGUUUGAUAAAGUUUCCUUUUCAAAUAGUGACACACCAAAUGCAUGUCCUUUGUCCAUUCUCACAUCCUGAGGGCCUGCUCGCUUUUCACUGGUUUUGUGCUGUAAAAUAAUUAUUUCCUCUUUAGUCAACCUGUUUGGACGCAUCCUAACAUGCGGCGUGGUGGCUCAGUGGUUAGCACUGCUGUCUCACAGCGCCAGGGACCUGGGUUCGAUUUCACCCUCGGGCAGCUAUCUGUGUGGAGUUUGCACAUUCUCCCCCCAUGUCUGCGUGGAUUUCCUCUGGGUGCUCUGGUUUCCUCCCACAGUCCAAAGAUGUGGAGCUGAGGUGGACUGGCCAUGCUAAAUUGCCUGUAGUGUCCAGGAAUGUCUAGGUUAGGUGGGUUAGACAUGCGGAAAUGCAGGCGUAGGGUAAUGAGUCAGGGUUGGAUGCACUUCGGAGGGGCAGUAUGGACCUGUUUCCACACUGUGGGGAUUCUCUGCCCUCUGGACAAGCAGGAUUUCAAUGCUGAUCUUCUGGGUUCAAGGUAGGGACAGUUGCUCUGCACCAUGAGAGCCUUUUGGCUUGCUAGAAGAUUAUUAGGUCACUUAAAAGGAUGAAAGUUACCAUUUCACUUGAUGGUUCACUGCUUACACCUAACUUAAUUAGAAACUCACUUUUGUAUAUUGGAGCGGGAAGUGAGGAACUGUAAAGAAAACGUGCUAAGGUCAGGGCAAGCUGGGAGUUUCUCAAGUUUGCAAAAAUGUACUGCAGCCAAAAGUUAACAAAAACGUGGAGGGGUUUAUGAAGGCUAACACAUGGACGUCAGGGAAAUAAAUGGCAACAAGGUGUAGCAGCCUUGAGACGAGAAUAGAAUCAUGGUGAAUGCACAGGCCAUCAUAUGAUAUAGUGAGGUGAGAAUUACUCACAUGAGCUGUGACUGGCUGGAGGGAGGGGUUCACCUGAUGAGAACCAGGAUAAAGAUCGUAGAACCCCUACACUGUGGAAACAGGCCCUUUGGCCCAACCAGUCCACACCGAACCUCAGAGCAUCCCGCCCAGAUCCCAUCCUCCUACAACCCUGCCUAAUCUACACAUCCCUGAACACUAUGGGCAAUUUAGCAUGGCCAAUCCACCCUAACCUGCACAUUUUUGGAUUGUGGGAGGAAACCCAUGCAGACACAGCGAGAAUGUGCAAACUCCACACAGACAGUCGCCCGAGCGUGGAAUCGAACCCAGGACCCUGGUGCUGUGAGGCAACAGUGCUAACCACUGAGCCACCAUGCCAGCGCAAAGAUAAAAGAGAGCCUCUCAGAAAAGACCAUUCUGCGGAGAAGAACCAGAAUUCCUUAUUUCUCUUUUGUUUUUAAAUAUCAAAGCACAUUCUCAUUGUAUCACUGAAAUCUGGAGCAUUUUAAUUCUUUUACAGGUCAGUGUCAAUGACUGAUAUUUUGACAGAAAUAUGAAUAGGCAGGGCAUAGAGGGAUACAGACUGCAUAGAGGCAACAGGUUUGUAGUUUCUGGAAGGCAUUGUGUCGGCAGAGGUUUGGUGGGCAGAAUGGCCUGUUGCUGUUUUGUUUUCUUUGUUUGAGUCCAACUGGUCCUCACUUUUUGUAAUACCAAUAAACACAGAUCUUACAGUAUAUGUUUCCUUGGAGUUUGUGUUUCUCUGGGACCAGCUCAAAGUGGUCCUAACAUUCAGAUUUGGACCUUGAACAUGGACCAUAAGGGCCACAUACGUGGAGCACCAUUACUGGAUGCCUUUCAUCCCUGAUUUGAAGUAUGCCUCCAUUCGUGACUAUACCUUCAGCUGCCUGGAGCCUAAGUUCUGGGAUUUCCUCUUCAAACCUCUCCAUCUUUUCUAAUUCACUUAGCUCCUUUUUAACAGUCCUUCUAACCCACUUCUUUGUCCAAGAUUUUCAUGGUCUGAUCUAAUAUGUCCUCCAGUAUCUCCUGGGACACUUUUUAUUACGUGAAGAUCUCUGUGGAAAUGUAAAUUGUUGUUGUUCAGUCAAACCUGGUCAAUGAGGGAGUGAGUCUGUAUGAAUGUAACUCAGAUAGACACAGCUUGUUAGAACGGACCUGGGGAGGAGAAGUUCUGAACUAACCACUGGACUUUCUGUUCCCCAGAAUCGUGAUAAGCUGAUUCUACCCAUACAUUUGAUAUUACUAACGAAAGUAAUGAAAGGCAAUUUCUUGUUUUUGAGACGCGUUAUUUGUCCAGAUUGGAGUUGCAGGCCUAGAGCGCGUAAGCAGCAUUCCCAAAGAUCUUUCUUUGUGUAUGUCACCUCGCCAGCAAUUGUUCUGACUGUGUGUGUCUUUUUUCCCCCAUUAUUGUUUCCUCAAAGUUGUUUUACUCUUAAAUGAACAGUCCCUGUUGCAUUAACCAUGAAGAUCCCUGAGGUACACUCCUGGACAAUGAAUGGCAGUCACAUGGUGGGGGGGGAAAUCACUGAGUGAGUGAAUGAGUGAAACUGUUUACCGCAGAGGGCCGGCAAGGCCAGAGUAUUAAGUGUAUUUCAGGCUGAGAGAGACAAACUUUUAAUCAGGAAGAGGAAUCACAGAUUAUGGUGGAGAAGGGAGGAAGGAGUUGAGGAUGAUCCAAUCAGCCAUGGUCUCACUGAAUAGUGGAGCAGACUCCUUGGGCCGAAUGCUCAGCUUCGACACCCAUGUUUUAAUGAGUCGGCCUCCCGAGUCACGUUUCACCCCAGCGAGCUGGUUGCAGGGGAGUUAGCUCCUUGACGCUGGCUAUUUGGCUUCAAGGGGCCUGUCAUAGAGUUGGGCAAGUGCCUGAAGAGCACAAUAGCAUAAGGGUUGUUGCUGCCCGGUAAUCCGUGACCUCAAUGUUAUUUAUGGGAGUUUGGGGUGGGGAGGGGGCAUGGUGAGAGUGUCAGUUCUGUUUGGUGAGUGAGUGAGUCUGUAUAAAUGUAACUCAGAAUGGACCUGGGGCGGAAGAAGCUCUGAACUAACCUUGAGAGUUUCUGUUCUCCACAUGAGGGAAAAGCUGAUUCCUUCCAACCAUUUGACACUAUGAUCAAAAAUAACGAAAGAUGAUUUGUUGAUGUGAUUUGCUUCAUUUGAUAGGAUUGAAAUUGAAAGCUCACAGCAGGCAAUUUACUGUUUUCUGCAAUUUUAUUUCGUGUGUCAUUUAUGCUUUGCUUUUUAUUCUAGUGUUA